UUCGCCAUGAAUUCCCGGCAAAAUCCCCAACCGGAGCUUCGGACACGUACAUCUGCAAUGUCCAAAAUACCCCUCCUCAUUCUGAAAUUCCCAGUUCAUUUGUUCCUCUUGCUCAUCGUCGCAGUACCCUCCCAAGUAAUUUCUCAACCCACAAGUACCGAACAAACAAUCCUACUCACCCUCAAACGCCAACUGGGGGAUCCACCAACGCUCCCAUCAUGGAAACCCUCAUCGUCCUCGCCGUGCGACUGGCCGGAGAUCCGGUGCACCGGCGCCGCCGCCACCGAGCUCCUCCUAGCCGGCAAAAACAUCACCGUCCAGAAUCUCCCGGCCACAAUCUGCGACCUCAAGAACCUGACCAAGCUUGACCUCUCCGACAACUCCAUCGCCGGCGAGUUCCCGACAUUGUUGUACAACUGCUCCAACCUCCGGUACCUCGACCUGUCCCAGAACUACUUCGCCGGCGCAAUCCCCGCCGACAUUAACCGCCUCAAAACUCUGACGUACCUCAACCUCGGCGGCAACAGUUUCACCGGCGACGUCCCGGCGGCGAUAGGGAAGCUCCCGGAGUUGCAAACGCUGCACAUCUUUCAGAACAACUUCAACGGAACCUUCCCAAAGGAAAUCGGAGACUUGUCCAAUCUCGAAAUCCUAGGUUUGGCUUAUAACGACAAGCUUGCCCCCAUGGCGAUCCCGUUCGAGUUUGGGAACCUGAGGAGUUUAAAGUUCAUGUGGAUAACACGGUGUAACUUGAUCGGAGAGAUUCCAGAAAGUUUGGGGAAUCUCACGAGUAUGGAGCAGUUGGAUUUGUCGCAGAACAAUUUGACAGGAAGCAUUCCUAGUAGUUUGUUCUCGCUGAGGAACUUGACGUUUUUGUACCUGUACCGUAAUAGGUUGUCGGGUGUGCUACCAAUUUCGGUGCAAGCCUUGAAUUUGACCCAGAUUGAUUUGGCCACUAACAAUUUGACAGGUUCCAUACCCCAAGAUUUUGGGAAGUUGAAGAAUUUGAUGAUGCUGCACUUGUAUUCGAAUCAGUUGUCUGGCCAGAUUCCAAGCAGCUUAGGACUAAUCCCAAGUUUGAAAAACUUGAGGGUUUUUAGCAAUAAGCUAAAUGGAACACUGCCUCCAGAACUAGGCCUUUAUUCGAAGCUUGUUGCUUUUGAAGUUGCUGAUAAUCAACUCAGUGGUGGGUUGCCAGAACAUUUGUGUGCUGGUGGUGCUUUGCGGGGUGUGAUUGCUUUUAACAACAAUCUAAGUGGAGACUUGCCUCAAUGGCUUGGGAAUUGUGCUUCUCUUACCACGGUUCAGCUUUACAAUAACAAAUUUUCAGGGGAGGUUCCUUUGGGUUUGUGGACUUUGAGCAACAUAUCAACCCUGAUGUUGAGCAACAACUCCUUUUCUGGUCAACUUCCAAGUAAACUAUCUUGGAAUAUGUCGAGACUUGAGAUCAGGAACAACAACUUUUCUGGUCAGAUUUCUCUUGGUAUUUCUUCUGCUGUGAAUCUAGUGGUUUUUGAUGCAAGAAACAACUUGCUUUCUGGUGAAAUUCCAAGGGAAUUGACUGGUCUUUCACGGCUUACUACUCUCAUGAUUGAUGGUAAUCAACUUUCUGGUGCACUUCCAUCCGAGAUAAUCUCAUGGCAAUCACUGAAUACUUUAACACUCUCAAGGAACAAAAUUUCCGGCCAAAUCCCCGGAGCUAUAGGUGGUCUUCCUAACCUUGUUUACGUGGACUUGUCUGAAAAUGACAUAUCCGGUGAAAUCCCACCUCAGCUUGCCAAUUCGAGGUUUGUUUUUCUCAACUUGUCUUCUAACAAGCUUUCCGGGAACAUCCCUGAUGAGUUCAAUAACCUUGCAUAUGAAAACAGUUUCUUGAACAAUCCUCAACUAUGUGCUUACAAUCCAAAACUCAACCUUUCGAGCUGCUUGACCAAAACCCUUCCACACUCCACCAAUUCCUCUUCGAAAUUCCUUGCCCUGAUUCUUGCUGUCCCCAUCACUGUGUUGCUGGCCACUGCCUCGUUGGCCUUCUAUAAGUUGAAAAAGCACUUGGGCAAAAAGCACUGCGGGCGUAAGCUUUCAACAUGGAGGCUCACCUCAUUCCAGAGGCUUGAUCUUACAGAAAUAAAUCUCUUCUCAAGUUUGACAGAGAAUAACCUUAUAGGAAGUGGAGGAUUUGGUAAAGUUUACCGGAUUGCUUCAACUCGUCCGGGUGAGUAUGUUGCAGUAAAAAAGAUUUGGAAUUGCAAAGAUCCGGAUAACAAGAUGGAGAAAGAAUUCAUGGCCGAGGUUGAAAUCCUGGGCAAUAUUCGGCAUUCCAAUAUAGUGAAGCUUUUGUGUUGUUAUUCAAGUGAGAACUCCAAACUCCUUGUUUAUGAAUACAUGGAAAAUCAGAGCCUGGACAAAUGGCUUCGUAGAAAGAAGAAGCUAUCAGCUACUGGGUUGAGUUCACCAAACAAGAAUCAUCUGGUGUUAAGUUGGCCAACGAGGUUGAAGAUUGCCAUUGGUGCAGCUCAAGGCCUAUCUUACAUGCACCAUGACUGUUCACCGCCAAUCAUACACCGAGAUGUCAAGUCUAGCAAUAUAUUGCUUGACUCAGAGUUCAGGGCGAGUAUAGCAGAUUUUGGGCUCGCCAAGAUGUUGGCAAAGCCUGGGGAACUACAAUCCAUGUCUGUUCUAGCAGGUUCUUUUGGCUACAUUCCACCAGAAUAUGCAUAUUCAACAAAGAUUAACGAGAAAGUUGAUGUAUAUAGCUUUGGGGUUGUACUCCUAGAGCUUGUUACGGGAAGAGAGCCUAAUAGUGGAGGCGAGCAUGCCUGCAGCCUAGUUGAUUGGGCAUGGCAGCAUUACAGUGAAGGGAAGUGCCUCACCGAAGCUUUUGAUGAGGAUAUCAAAGAAACACGUUAUGCGGAGGAGAUGACUACCGUAUUCAAAUUAGGCCUCGUUUGCACUAGCUCUUUACCCUCAACUAGGCCUUCCAUGCAGGAGAUUUUGCAAGUUCUUCGUCAGUGUCAUCCUCCAGGUUCUGCACGUAACAGAGUGGCAACUGAGUUUGAUAUCACUCCUCUUCUUGGUGAUGCAAUGUACAUUUCUAGUUACAAGGAUAGUAAUGCUGCAUGCGGAAAUGAAGAAAGCAGCCUGUACAGUGUGUAACUGUAGGAUUCCCCGCAUAGAAUAAUUCGAAAGAGUGGUACAAUAUAAUUACCACCGUCUUCUAAUCAGAUCAUAAAAAUAUUUUACUGAAAAUAUGACAACGUACUGUU